UAGGAUCUGAAAAUGCUUGUGAAAAGACUUCAUUUAUGUUUCUGCGACAAGAGUUGCCCGUGAGAUUGGCAAACAUAAUGAAGGAAAUAAGCCUGCUUCCAGACAACCUCCUAAGAACACCUUCAGUUCAGCUGGUGCAGAGCUGGUAUGUCCAAAGUCUUCAAGAGAUCCUUGAUUUUAAGGACAAAAGCUCAGAAGAUUCAGGGACAAUUCAUAGUUUUACAGACACUGUGAUAAAAAUCCGGAAUCGACACAAUGAUGUAAUUCCUACGAUGGCUCAAGGAGUCAUAGAGUACAAGGAAAGCUUUGGCAUUGAUCCAGUGACCUCACAGAAUGUGCAGUAUUUUUUAGACCGUUUCUACAUGAGUCGCAUUUCAAUUAGAAUGCUCCUUAAUCAACACUCAUUACUGUUUGGUGGGAAAAUUAAUCCAGCUCAUCCAAAACACAUUGGAAGCAUUGAUCCUAGCUGCAAUGUUGUUGAAGUUAUUAGAGAUGGCUAUGAAAGUGCCAAAAGACUUUGUGAUUUAUAUUACAUGAGCUCUCCAGAACUCAUCCUUGAAGAGCUGAAUGCUAAAUCAACAGGACAGCCCAUGCAAGUGGUGUACGUGCCAUCGCAUCUCUAUCACAUGGUUUUCGAACUUUUCAAGAAUGCAAUGAGAGCUACCAUGGAACAUAACGCUGAUCGAUGCAUUUAUCCUCCAAUUCAUGUACACGUCACAUUGGGAAAUGAGGAUUUAACUGUGAAGAUGAGUGAUCGUGGUGGAGGUGUUCCUAUGAGGAAAAUUGACAGACUAUUCAACUACAUGUAUUCAACAGCACCACGUCCACGUGUUGAGACGUCACGAGCUACACCUUUGGCUGGAUUUGGUUAUGGCUUACCCAUAUCACGUCUGUAUGCACAGUACUUCCAAGGAGACCUGAAACUGUAUUCCUUAGAAGGCUAUGGUACAGAUGCCGUUAUUUACAUAAAGGCCUUAUCUACAGAAUCAAUUGAAAGACUCCCCGUAUAUAACAAAGCAGCCUGGAAACAUUAUAAAGCAAACCAUGAAGCAGAUGACUGGUGCGUGCCAAGCAGUGAGCCAAAGGACAUGACCACCUUUCGCAGUAUAUAGCUUUUUCCUCAGCAGUUCCUAAGAAGUAGGUAUGUCUGUAAAGGGAAUUUAAAAGACCUGAUUUACACCAGGAUGCUGAGUCAUAUGUGAAAAUAAUUUUAAGUGGAGUAAC